AUGGCCGUGAUUUCUACAACAAAGAAUCACGAAAGAGUCACACAAAGAAUGCGCGACUUUUGGCGACAAUACAAAGGGGAAACACAGCUGAGUGGGAUUGCAGUUGCCUGUUUUUUUGCUAUUUUGUACUCGGAUUGCAUUGGCAGUACUCUUAGUCCAGCAGUCAGGAAAGAAGUUGACGAUCUCAGACAAGUUCGAAAUGAUAUCGCUCACUUGAACGAGGUUGGACUUACUGAUGCUGAAUUCCAUAAUUAUGUAGCGAGAGUGUUAGCUGCUUUUAAUUCACUGAAGCUUCCGAUAAAUGAAGUUGAUGAUAUCAAAAACCAGACCGACUUUCCAACAGCUCGAGUAAACAGCCUUAAAAUGCAGGCUGAUAAUCUUAAAGCUGAGUUGAAAACCAACAAAGAACAAGAAAACAAAAAUCUAACCUCGGAAUUACAAUCGACCCAAGCCACAUUACAGACAAAACAGGAAGAAGUAGAAACACUUACUCAGGAAAUCAAUUCCAAAGUCGACUCUUUCUGUACUCUGACAUUCAAGCCAUCACAUAAAAUCAUCCAACGAUCAAGUGAUGUCAAAAGAAUCAUGAAAAAACUGGACGAGCUUUACAACGAAAGUAAUGGAGCUAUCAGCACCAUUUAUCUAUCAGGAAUACCAGGCUGCGGAAAAAGCCAAUUAGCUCGACAACUGGGACAGGAUAUUUUUGAUAGGAGGUUGCAUGAGAACGACAGUCUUACGUUUGUUGCAACCCUAAAUACAGAAACCCUGGAUUCACUUGCAGAGUCCUAUUAA